AAGGCAAUGAAAGAUGCUGGUUUGAAGAAGCGCCAAAUCGAUGAGAUUGUUCUUGUAGGUGGAAGCACUAGAAUUCCCAAGGUCCAACAGCUCCUUAAGGACUACUUCGAUGGAAAGGAGCCCAACAAGGGUGUUAACCCAGAUGAAGCUGUUGCUUAUAGUGCUGCAGUACAAGGAGGCAUCUUGAGGGGAGAAGGUGGUGAUGAAAGCAAAGAUAUUCUUCUUCUUGAUGUGGCUCCACUUACCCUCGGUAUCGAGACUGUUGGUGGAGUAAUGACCAAGUUGAUUCCUAGAAACACCGUUAUCCCUACCAAGAAGUCUAAAGUUUUCACCAUUUAUCAGGAUCAGCAAACCACCGUCUCCAUUCAGGUCUCUGAAGGUGAACGGAGUCUCACAAAGGACUGUAGGCUGCUAGGGAAGUUUGAUCUUACUGCAAUUCCUUCAGCUCCAAGGUUUGGGACCCCUCAAAUCGAAGUUACAUUUGAAGUUGAUGCAAAUGGUAUCUUAAACGUCAAGGCUGAAGACAAAGGAACAGGGAAAUCAGAAAAGAUCACAAUCACCAACGACAAGGGUCGUCUAAGCCAAGAGGAAAUCGAGAGAAUGGUUCGCGAGGCCGAGGAAUUCGCAGAGGAGGACAAGAAGGUGAAGGAGAAGAUUGAUGCUCGCAACAGCUUGGAGACGUAUGUUUACAACAUGAAGAAUCAGAUUAGUGACAAGGAUAAGCUUGCUGGCAAACUCGAAUCCGACGAGAAGGAGAAAAUCGAAACGGCAGUGAAGGAGGCCCUUGAGUGGCUUGAUGACAACCAGAAUGCCGAGAAGGAAGAUUUUGAGGAGAAGAUCAAGGAGGUCGAGGCUGUUUGCAAUCCUAUCAUCACGGCUGUAUAUCAAAGGUCUGGUGGAGGCCCUGGCGGUGCUGCAUCAAGUGAAGAAGAAGAUGAUUCACAUGAUGAACUCUAGAAAA